AUGCGAGAGGGGGUAAUCGGUGAUGAGAGGAGCGACGCCAAGCCGAAGAGGUCUGGCGGACUCGACGAGGAAAACAACAAGGUCGUGGUGUUGCUCAAGGACAAGGACAACGGCAACACCCUCCUCCCGCGGCCGCAGCUUCCGGCCGCGGCGGCGAUUUCUUUGCCACCUCAGCCAAUCGUCGUCGUCCGUCCCCGAUCCCAGUCCGCCACUCGACGAGUCACCCCUACUACCACCACGAUAGCUUCGCCCGCGCUGGACGGCUCCAGCGGCGGCGACGCCACCACCACCUCCACAGUUGAGAAGCACCUCCCCAACGGAGAUCUGUACCUCGGAUCCUUCUCCGGCAACGCGCCUCACGGAUCCGGCAAGUACCUCUGGGCCGACGGGUGCAUGUACGAGGGGGAGUGGCGCCGGGGGAAGGCCUCCGGGAAGGGGAAAUUCUCGUGGCCCUCUGGCGCGACGUUUGAAGGGGAAUUCAAGUCCGGUAGGAUGGAAGGGUUUGGGACCUUCACCGGAUCCGACGGGGAUACCUACCGCGGCUCCUGGAGCGCCGAUCGGAAGCACGGGUACGGUCAGAAGCGGUACGCCAACGGGGAUUUCUACGAGGGGACUUGGAAGAAGAAUCUCCAGGACGGUCAAGGGAGGUAUGUGUGGAAGAAUGGGAACGAGUACGUUGGAGAAUGGAAGGCCGGGGUUAUCUCCGGGAAGGGGGUUUUGAUCUGGGCCAAUGGGAACCGAUACGACGGCCAGUGGGAGAACGGAGUUCCCAAGGGGAACGGCGUCUUCACCUGGCCGGACGGGAGCUGCUACAUCGGGACGUGGAAUAGCGGCAAGGAUUUGACCAGAGCUCAGCAGUUGAACGGAACCUUCUAUCCGGGGAACGGGAAGGAGCAUUGCUUCAAAGGGAACGACGGAGAUUUCGUUGCGACGAUGGCGACGAGGAAGAGAUCUUCGGUGGAUGCUGGGAGAGGGAGUAGUAUCAAUUUCCCCAGGAUAUGCAUAUGGGAGAGCGAUGGUGAGGCGGGUGACAUUACCUGCGAUAUCAUUGAUAAUGUGGAGGCUACCAUGAUUUACAGAGAUGGUUUGGGAUUGGAACGAGAUGGGAUUCACCAGUUCAGGAGAGGGCCUUGUUGUUUCAAUGGGGAGGCUAAGAAGCCUGGCCAGACCAUUUCUAAAGGCCAUAAGAACUACGAUUUGAUGCUUAAUUUGCAAUUGGGUAUCAGAUAUUCAGUGGGGAAACAUGCUCAGAUAGUUAGGGACUUGAAGCCUUCUGAUUUUGAUCCCAAGGAGAAGUUCUGGACCAAGUUCCCUGCAGAGGGUUCGAAAAUUACACCUCCACAUCAGUCGUCAGAGUUCCGAUGGAAGGAUUACUGUCCAAUGGUGUUCCGGAAUUUGAGGGAGCUAUUCGAAAUAGAUACAGCUGAUUACAUGCUGGCUAUAUGUGGUAAUGAUGCCCUCAGAGAGCUUUCAUCUCCAGGGAAGAGUGGAAGCUUCUUUUACCUUACCCAAGAUGAUCGAUUCAUGAUCAAGACGGUGAAAAAAUCUGAAGUCAAGGUCCUCAUUCGGAUGCUUUCCAGUUAUUAUCAGCAUGUAUGCCGGUAUGAGAACUCGCUUGUAACGAAGUUCUUCGGCGUGCAUUGUGUUAAACCAGUUGGUGGUCAGAAGACACGUUUCAUUGUGAUGGGUAACUUGUUCUGCUCAGAGUACAGAAUACAUAGGAGAUUUGACUUAAAAGGAUCCUCCCACGGUCGCACAACCGAUAAGCCCGAGGGUGAGAUUGAUGAAACCACAACUCUCAAGGACCUUGAUCUCAAUUUUGUAUUCCGUCUCCAGCGGAAUUGGUACCAGGAGCUUAUGAAGCAAAUCGAUCGAGAUUGUGAAUUUCUGGAAGCUGAGAGGAUAAUGGAUUACAGUCUCUUGGUUGGUCUUCACUUCCGUGACGACAGCACUUGUGAUAAAAUGGGGUUAUCGCCAUUUGUUUUGCGCUCAGGGACCAAGGACUCCUACCAGAAUGAGAAGUUCAUGCGUGGCUGUCGAUUUCUUGAGGCAGAGCUACAAGACAGAGAUCGAAUUUUGGCUGGCAGGAAACCGUUGAUAAGGUUGGGGGCAAACACGCCUGCUAGAGCAGAGAGAAUGGGUCGACGGAGCGACUUUGAUCAGUACACGCCAGGGGGAGCGGGGCAGUUGAUGCCGUGCAGGAGUGGGGAGACGAGCGAGGUGGUGCUGUACUUCGGGGUCAUCGAUAUACUGCAAGACUACGACAUCAGCAAGAAGCUGGAGCAUGCAUACAAGUCGUUGCAGGUGGAUCCAGCGUCGAUCUCGGCGGUGGAUCCCAAGCUCUACUCCAAGAGGUUCAGGGAUUUCAUCGGGCGAAUAUUCAUCGAGGACAGGUAG